AUGCAGAUCUUUGUGAAGACCCUCACCGGCAAGACCAUCACACUUGAGGUAGAGUCCUCUGACACGAUCUUCGCUGGCAAGCAGCUUGAAGAUGACCGCACCCUAGCUGAUUAUAACAUCCAGAAGGAGUCGACCCUCCACCUGGUGCUCCGCCUCCGUGGUGGCAUGCAGAUCUUCGUCAAGACCCUUACUGGCAAGACCAUCACCCUGGAGGUGGAAUCUUCGGACACCAUUGACAACGUGAAGGCGAAGAUCCAAGACAAAGAGGGCAUCCCCCCGGACCAGCAGCGCCUCAUCUUUGCCGGCAAGCAGCUGGAAGAUGGCCGUACCCUAGCUGAUUAUAACAUCCAGAAGGAGUCGACCCUCCAUCUGGUGCUCCGCCUCCGUGGUGGCAUGCAGAUCUUCGUCAAGACCCUUACUGGCAAGACCAUCACCCUGGAGGUGGAAUCUUCGGACACCAUUGACAAUGUGAAGGCGAAGAUCUAG